AUGACAUCUCAUGACCCAAUCCUCGGCACUCAUGAAGCCAGAGCCCUAAUCCACAAACAUGCUGCUUUCCACGAUGCCGUCUCGGUGGCACUGACCGAAUGUGGGUUCUUCGUGGCCGCCAUGCAGACGCUGCAAAGUUGGGGGGUCCUGCGGCCUGCGGCAAAGGAGAAGAUUCCGACCGAGGAGCCCAAGCCGCCCGACAAGAAUGAUGAGAUCGUCAUCCCCUUCAGCACCGAGAUCUCGGGGAGACGGUUGCGCCACAUCUCCGAGUUUGCGCUGAGGAGUCUUCCCAGCGAGCUGGUGGAUGAUGGCUACGUCUUGCAGCUGGCCUCUGGCCCGGGACCUCCGCUCCUCGAGAGCCAAGCGCUCCACACCAGGAACCCCACAUGGUCUCCACCUGACGGCCUUCGUGCUGGUGCUGAGCUGCAGGCCUUCGAGUUGCGAGUUGCCGCAGCAGAGGGCGCGCGCGAGGUGCGGUGGAGCGCCGAAGUGGACCUUCGGCAGACCGACGUGGUCGGAGAGGACCUCGAGCACCUGGACCUGGUGGCUGAGCCCGUCUUGGCACUGCGGAUGCGGAAUACGGCCGCUUUGCCAGAGGUUUGGCUGACGCCGGGCAUUGGGCGCUGGGCCGGUGAGCGUCGCAGGCUUCCGAGCAGGAACGCCACGAGCCGGCAGAUUCAAACCUCAGAGGUCUGUCAGUCCGGAGCAAAGGUCUCCGAGCUUUGCGGGCAGCUGCACUUCUGGAACGACCAGACAGCGGAGCUUCAGGAGCAGCUGCAGGGCCUGCUUGAAAAGCGGCGGGCAGGCUAUGCGCGGGGCGAGAAGCGUGCGGCACUCCAAAGACGUCUGGUCGAGCUUCGGGCGACUGUGGAGCGCAGGAGACAAGGUUUGGAGCUGCUGAGGGCCGAAGUGGCUGGGGAGGGCGAUGAUACGGAAGCGAGACUGCGCUGGUGGCGCCGCUCUGCUGCUUCGCAGGCUUCCAAAGGGCCUUCCCGAGUGGCGGCUUAUCCCACGGCCCUUCUGCUUGGCCGGCCGCUUCUGCGAAGUGCCGAGGCGCAGGUGCAUAGCUCCUUGGAGCACUUUGCAGCGAGCGAAGAGGGCAAGGCUUCGGAGCACCGCCAGAUCGGCCGCCGGCUGCGCUGCCAGCAGAUCCGCCUGCUUCACGAAGUCCGCCAGGUCUAUCCGCUGCACGAUUGUGGCAGAUACUGGACGAUCCGCGGCCUCUCCGUGGCAAGCACCGACCGGCUGAAGCAUCAAGAUCCCCAGCCAGAGACGGAGCGUGAUGUCAACACGGCCCUGGGCUUCCUCGCCCACCUCCUGGUGACGCUCGCCCGGCUGCUCCAGGAUCGCUUCACGAUGUGGAUGAAGACCUAUCCACUGGUCCCCAUGUGCUGCGGCAUCUUGGUGCAACUCCUGGUCAGCUGCCUGGCCUGCGUCGGGAACAGGAGCGUCUUCAAACUGGGUCUCAGAUUGCAAGCCUUCACUGGCUUGGCCUUCGUGGCCGCUCUAGCUUGGGGCUGGUACGAGUAUUCUGCUACAUCAGAGGAGGGUUGUGUGGGCUCCGACAAGAUUAACCCGCGGACGCUCUCCCUCGUGUUCCUGGUCAUGGGCUCUAUUGCCGCGCCCUCCGUCAUGUGCACAGCAGUCAGCAAAGGCUGCGUCGGUGAUGUCAACUUGCGCGAGACACCCGAACAGACUGAGGAUGCAGUCUGA